CUGCGAGUGAACUCACUGAAGCCCGAGCUCCAGCUCUCACACAACCCACGAAGGGCCUCCCGAAACCCUAAGGAGAUCCUCUUCUCUUCUCCUGACUGUGAGCAAUGAGGUCGCAGAAGGGUUUGGGCAGCGGUAGGGCUCGAAGCCCAAUGUCGAUAAUCAUAGUUAUAGCUUUGUGUUGUUUCUUCUACGCAUUGGGUGCUUGGCAGAGGAGUAAUUUUGGGAAGGGUGAUAGCAUAGCUAUGAGAAUAACAAGAGGAGCAGAUUGUAGUGUCUUACCCACACUGAAUUUUGAAACUCAUCACAGAUUUGGGGAAGGAUUCAAAAAUCAUGAUUCGGGAGUUAAAUUGUUUAAGCCUUGUGAUGCUCGGUACAUAGAUUAUACUCCUUGCCAAGAUCAAAACCGGGCCAUGACCUUUCCUCGAGAAAACAUGAUUUAUAGAGAAAGACAUUGUCCUCCUGAGAAAGAGAAGUUGCACUGUCUUAUACCAGCUCCCAAGGGUUAUACGGCUCCUUUCCCCUGGCCCAAAAGCCGGGAUUAUGUUCACUAUGCAAAUGUUCCGUAUAAGAGCUUGACAGUUGAGAAAGCUGUUCAAAACUGGGUUCAAUAUGAGGGUGAUGUGUUUAAAUUUCCAGGAGGUGGAACGAUGUUUCCUCAGGGUGCAGAUGCUUAUAUUGAAGAACUUGCAUCAGUUAUUCCCAUUGCAGAUGGGACUGUUAGAACUGCACUUGAUACUGGCUGUGGGGUUGCAAGCUGGGGUGCUUACUUAUUAAAGCGCAAUGUUUUGUCCAUGUCCUUUGCUCCAAGGGACUCACAUGAAGCUCAAGUGCAGUUUGCUUUAGAAAGAGGUGUUCCUGCGGUUAUUGGAGUUCUUGGGACCAUUAAGCUUCCAUAUCCAUCAAGAGCUUUUGAUAUGGCUCAAUGUUCCCGUUGUUUGAUCCCAUGGACUUCAAAUGGUGGGCUGUACAUGAUGGAAGUAGAUCGAGUUCUUAGACCAGGUGGAUACUGGAUACUCUCUGGUCCUCCUAUUAAUUGGAAGACAUACUAUCAGACAUGGAAACGAUCAAAGGAUGAUCUUCAGAAGGAACAAAGAAAAAUAGAGGAAUUGGCUGAACUGCUUUGCUGGGAAAAGAAGUAUGAGAAAGGCGAUCUUGCUAUUUGGAGGAAAAGGAUUAAUACAAAUUCAUGUCAAAGUAGAAAAAAUGACCUUUCUGUUAAGAUAUGCAAAGGUGCAGAUGCUGAUAACAUCUGGUAUAAGAAAAUGCAAUUGUGUGUAACUCCAUACCCAGUGGUCAAAAGCUCAGAUGAAGUAGCCGGAGGGAAGUUGAAAAAGUUUCCAGAUAGACUUUUUGCUGUCCCUCCGAGAGUGUCUGGUGGUUCCCUUCCUGGUGUUACAGCUGAAACUUAUCAGGAGGACAACAAAUUGUGGAAGAAGCAUGUCAAUGCAUAUAAAAAGAUGAACAAAUUAAUCAGCUCAGGAAGGUACAGGAAUAUAAUGGACAUGAAUGCAGGUUUUGGAGGUUUUGCAGCUGCACUUGAAUCACCCAAGUUAUGGGUAAUGAAUGUUGUUCCUACCAUCGCAAAGAAAAAUACUUUGGGUGUAAUAUAUGAGCGAGGGCUGAUCGGUAUAUAUCAUGACUGGUGUGAAGCCUUCUCUACAUACCCGAGGACAUAUGAUCUAAUCCAUGCAAGUAGUCUCUUCAGCUUAUAUCAAAAUAAAUGUAAGAUUGAAGACAUACUUUUGGAGAUGGACCGAAUUUUACGACCAGAGGGGUCGGUGAUACUUCGUGAUGAUGUUGAUGUUGUGAACAAGGUCAAGAAGAUUGUUAGUGGUAUGCGGUGGGACGCUCGAAUGCUGGAUCAUGAAGAUGGCCCUCUUGUUCCUGAAAAAAUACUAAUCGCCGUCAAACGGUAUUGGGUUGUUGGUGGAAAUACUUCUGCAGUCCAGUGAUUAAUUAUUGGAGAACAAACACAGAAAUGAGUAAAGGAUUUUAGCUCAUCGUUUUUCUGAUUGCCAGAGUUCAAAACAAUUGGAGCAAUGGAAAGUUAUUCAGGUUAUAUUAAUCAAAAUUUACGGAAAUCCUUCUCUACUUGUACUUUGUUUUUAUGUUGAUUAUUAAAUGUAUUCCAAACACAAAUUUCUAAUGAAAUGCCUACAAUCAGGCUGCUUAGUGUUGAAUGUAA